ACAAGCAGAGGGCCACGCAAGGUAGAUCGCCAUGAUGCCGACCAACAACAAGGAAGCAGAAAAUUCCAUUUCGAGGCACGGUUCCUCUUCCUGCUAUUUCGACCCUUCGACCUUAAAGAGCUCCAAAAAGCCUGGCUACUUUCACAAACUUGAUGCCCUGAAACACGUGAAUUUCAAGCGACCCGAUAGCGACGGACAUCAGUACCUCGACAUUGGCUGUGGUUCUGGGGGAUUCACCAAAGACGCUCUACUACAAAAAGUGCGUCCCUGUCGGAGGAUCGUUGCCGUCGACAGAGAGGAAAUCUUACUGCAGUAUGCGAGCCAGUACGCCAGUCACCCGGACAUUUUCUAUGAGCUGCUUGACAUUGAGAAGGACGACCCACAGCCUCUAAUUGACAAGUACGGCCAAUUCGACCGCAUAUACUCCUUCCUGGCGCUUCAGUGCGUACGAGACCUGAAGAGUGCUUACCGAAACAUGUUCCGUCUGCUGAAGGAUGGCGGGGAAGGAGCUCUCGUUACGCUUACUGGGUCUGUCAUCACGGACAUCAUGCACCAGCUUCGUUGCACAGAAGAAUGGAAGGACUACGUUCCGGAUCCGACGAAGUUCUAUUCGGAGCGCUUCUUCUUCAAUGCUCCUAUUGUGGCAGAAGCAGUUGAGGAGGCAGAGCGAGUGGCCACAGCUGCUGCAGGGCUCAAUUUGGUGUCCUGCGCCGUUUACGACUGCCAGUGGAUAAUGCCGGAUGUGGACGCCUGGAUUGACCUGUACGUGCCCGUUUUCAAGUUGGACGCCCAGAUUCCAGAGGGAAAGCGUGACGCAUUUCGCAAGGACAUAAGGACCCUGCUGGAGCAGAAGACAACAUCAACGGCCGAGGGUUGCGCCAUGAGACACAGUUUUGUCGUCGUGCACUUGGAAAAAGCCUCAUAAAAUAAUCCGAAUGUCAAGCCUAUUUCAACUUAAAACAUUGCCUUAGAUCGCUACAUUGUACUGUCCACGAUGG